AUGGCCAACACAUUAUCGCCAAGAUCAACUUCACCGAACGUGUCACCUACUAAGAAGCUGGAUUAUGAGCCUACUACAUUUUCAGAUUUGGAUAGAGAUAGAGUUUCUGAGGAUUCUGUGGUAAAUAACGGUGGAUGUAUGUACACACGCGUUGCUAAGUUGAGCAUCAGCGAAACCAAAGAAUCGAAGUCUAGAAUUUUGGAUGUCAUUUCUCAGAGCACUAAAUCGAAAAGAAGAAGAUCCAGUGUCGCUUCAAUUCCACCUUCGAUUUCGAGUUCAAGCCAAUCUAGGCAAAACAGUGUCUCUGGCAAGAUCUUGAAAAAGAAGAAGAAAAUUACAGCAUUGAACAAACCUCUCAAAUUGAAAGUCUUCCAAAAAUAUGUUAAGGACAAAUUAUCAGUGAAAGAUUUGAGAGACUUAUCACUCUUUCUCCUGGGCGGUACUAAUAAUUCACCAAAAUGGCUCCAUAUAGAAAACAGACAAUCUUUUCAGAAAUUAAUUGUGCUAUUUGUUCCUGGGUUACAACCUGAAGAUUACAAGUUGGAUUUAGGCACAAAAUUUUCUGAGAACAAAGAAAAACUAUUAAAUGACAAGACAAUCAACAUUUUUCCCACCAAUGAGACUGGAAUUGGUAUUUCCAAUAUUCCUCCAUUCCAGAAUCUUCCUAUUAUGUCCCCGGGAUCAAGACUAUCGUUGUUUUCUGCAUAUACUUCAUUCGUUAACGUUGGUCUGUCCAAAAAUGAAAAGAAAAAACGUUUCGAGGAAUUACAAAGAAAAAAGAUAACCAUAGGAGAUCUAAUUUGUGACAUAGGAACAUUGGCAGAAAAUGACUAUCCAAUUCAUAUUGAUACACCAGGACUUUCUGAGAGUUAUAAUUAUCUGUUAUCUAAGAAUGCUGACGAUCCUAAAUGGAAAAAUACAAGAAACUUGGGAAACAAUACUCCCCGUAUAUUUGCGAUUGAUUGUGAAAUGUGUAUGUCCGACAAUGGUUUGGUUCUAACUAGAGCCUCUGUCAUAGACUAUGAAUUGAAUGUUCUCUACGACAAGUUAGUAAAACCAGGAGUUCCAAUAAUAGAUUAUUUGACCCAAUAUAGUGGUAUUACAGCUGAACUUUUAGAUCCUAUAACGACGACUUUUGAUGAAGUUCAGAGUGAUAUUUUAGAUUUAAUAAGCUCAAGUGAUAUUUUAAUUGGCCAUUCUCUACAAAGUGAUCUAAACAUCUUAAAAAUAAGGCAUCCAAGAAUUGUUGAUACAGCGUUAAUUUUUCAUCACAAAGCAGGCCCUCCUUUCAGACCGUCAUUAAAGUACUUAGCAUCAGAAUAUCUGAAUUCCAGCAUUCAAAUUGACAAGAUCAAUGGACAUAAUUCUAUAGAGGAUGCCAAAACGUGCAUCUCACUGACUAAACAGAAACUCGAUAAAGGUUUAGCUUUUGGAAUGUCAAUUAACACUGAGAAUUUCUUUUUAAGAAUAGGUAAAAUGGCAAGGAAGAAAUCGUUGGUUUUGAGUGAUUCGGUUUCGAGACAAAGUAGUUAUCAUAAUAAUAUUCAUGACAAAUUCGAUUAUACAAUGCAUUGCACCAGUGAUGAUGAGCUAAUGGGUGAACUGGUCAAAAACAUCAACAAAUUUGAUCUCCUGGUGGGAAGACUAAGAGAUUUGGAAUUUUCAAGAGAUUAUUCGAAGAGAUCAACAAAAAGUUUAGUUCAAGAGAAGCUACCUGAAAGCAACGUUAUAAUGAGCCAAUUUAAUGAAAAUUUGAAAAGAGUAUAUGAGGAAGCGCCCUCAGGAACAAUUAUUCUGGUCAUGAGCGGUUCAGGUGAUACAAGAGAAUGGACCUCAUUAAUGAGUGAAUUCAAUAGUUUGAAUGCUCAAGAUCGAAUGGAAAAACGUAAAGAAAGAGAACAUGAUAUUGAAAGUGCAGUCUCAAAGGCAAGAGAUGGUAUCGCCACCCUUAUUUUGAAAAAUAACCAGAAUGAUAAUAAUAACAAUAGUAACGAUAUCGAAGUUUGUGAUUAG